GGGGGGACAUGGGGGCGCGGGGGGGGUCCCGUGGCCCGCGGCCCCCCCUCCGCUCUGCCUCUGAGUUCCGCGCCCCACCCCGCUCGGUCCGUACAGGCGGCGUGGGUGGCGGGAAGCGGGCAGCGAAGCCGAGGCGGGGGCGGGGGCGGCCCCUGACGGCGGCGGUGACGGCGGCGGAGCGGGGAGCGCCCGGCACCGCCUCCCGCCCGGGGCCGCCCCGCCCGGGCCGCCGCCGCCGCCGGCUCCAGCACCGCGGAGAGCGCGGUCAGCACCGGGGACAGCGCCCGGCACCGGUACCGGCACGGGCAGCGGCAUCGGUACCGGCGGCGGCAUCAGCACCGGGGACAGCGCCCGGCACCGGCACGGGCAGCGGCAGCAGCGUCAACACCGGGGACUGGAGCGGCAGCGGCACCGGCUCCAGCACCGGGCACAGCGCUCGGUACCGGCAGCGGCUCCACCACUGGGAGAGCACCCAGCACCGGGACCGGCAACGGCCUCGGCUGCGGACCCGGUGUCGACACCCGCACUGGCUGCGGCACCAGGGAUACCGUCCAGCACCGUUCCCAGCACCGGCAGCGGCUCCAUCAUUGGGGACAGCAUCAGGCGCCGGUACCGGCCCCGGCAUCAGCACCGGCAUUGAAACCGGCAGCGGCACCGGCGUUGGUGCCGGUACCGGCCCCAUGGCGCUGCUCCGCGUCCUCUGCCUCCUCGCUGCCCUCAGACGGAUCGUGGCCACCGACACAGAGGAGAGGCUGAUCGAGUACCUGCUCGACCCCGCGCGCUACAACAAGCUCAUCCGCCCGGCCACCAACGGCUCCCAGCGCGUCACCGUGCAGCUCAUGGUGUCCUUGGCCCAGCUCAUCAGUGUGCACGAGAGGGAGCAGAUCAUGACCACCAACGUCUGGUUGACCCAGGAGUGGGAGGAUUACCGCCUCACCUGGCGACCGGAGGAUUUUGACAACAUGAAGAAGGUCCGCCUGCCCUCCAAGCACAUCUGGCUCCCGGACGUGGUGCUCUACAACAACGCCGAUGGGAUGUACGAGGUCUCCUUCUACUCCAACGCGGUGAUCUCCUACGACGGCAGCAUCUUCUGGCUGCCUCCUGCCAUCUACAAGAGCGCGUGCAAGAUCGAGGUGAAGCACUUCCCCUUCGACCAACAGAACUGCACCAUGAAGUUCCGCUCCUGGACCUACGACCACACCGAGAUCGACCUGGUGCUGAAGAGCGAGGUGGCCAGCUUGGAUGACUUCACACCCAGCGGCGAGUGGGACAUCGUGGCGCUGCCAGGCCGGCGCAACGAGAACCCUCAAGAUUCCACCUACGUGGAUAUCACCUACGACUUCAUCAUCCGACGCAAACCGCUCUUCUACACCAUCAACCUCAUCAUCCCUUGCAUCCUCAUCACCUCCUUGGCCAUCCUCGUCUUCUACCUCCCAUCCGACUGCGGCGAGAAGAUGACGCUUUGCAUUUCCGUCCUGCUCGCCCUCACCGUCUUCUUGCUGCUCAUCUCCAAGAUCGUGCCGCCCACCUCGCUGGACGUCCCACUGGUGGGCAAGUACCUCAUGUUCACCAUGGUGCUGGUGACCUUCUCCAUCGUCACCAGCGUCUGCGUCCUCAACGUCCACCACCGUUCCCCCACCACACACACCAUGCCGCCCUGGGUCCGUACGCUCUUCCUCCGCAAACUCCCGGCGCUGCUCUUCAUGAAACAACCGCAGCAGAACUGCGCGCGCCAGCGCCUACGCCAACGCCGGCACACGCAGGAACGCGCCAACGCCGGCACCCUCUUCCUCCGUGCCGGCGCCCGUGACUGCGCCUGUUACGCCAACCCCGGCGCCGCCAAAGCCGAGGGGCUCAACGGGUACCGGGAGCGGCAGGCGCAGGGUCCCGCGGGCGGUUGCGCUUGCGGGCUGGAGGAGGCGGUGGACGGCGUUCGCUUCAUCGCAGACCAUAUGCGCAGCGAAGACGAUGACCAAAGCGUGAGUGAGGACUGGAAGUACGUGGCUAUGGUCAUCGACCGCCUCUUCUUGUGGAUCUUUGUCUUCGUCUGCGUCUUCGGUACCGUUGGGAUGUUCCUCCAGCCUCUCUUCCAGAACUACACCACCAACUCCCUGCUCCAGCUCAGCCAGGGCACCCCCACCUCCAAAUAGUGCCCGGAUCCUCCUCCCCACUGGCCCCGGGGACGGUGAGGGCUCUGCACCGGAUCCUCACGGCCCGGCUGUGGGUUGGAGAGUUGGGCGCUGGGCUCCAAGUGCAACCACGAACCAAUAAACACUCACACAGGACGGUGCUGGGUCUG